UGCCACUCGUCUGGAAAACCGGGAAAACCGGGAAUUGUCAGGAAAUUUGAAAGCUGUCAGGGAAAUCAGGGAAAUGUCAGGGAAUUAGGAAAAGAGUAGUCAAAUGUCAGGGAAUUUAAUGGUUAGUGGUUAGCUCUCAAUUCGGGCGUAUAUUCCAGAAACACAGAUUUGGGUAUUUAUUUUGUAAAAUUUGCAUGUUUGUAAUACCAAAAUAAAUAACUUUACCGGAAGAAUUAUGCAACUCGUGUAGUGUUUGUUCUGAAAACGUAUUUUUAUUUGAUCUACUCCGAUUUCGACCGUGCCUGCGACAACAUUUUCGAAAACUCAGAAUCGAUUGUACAAGUGUUCAUAUUCCAUUUUCGAUUGUUUCAGUAUAUUGACUAUCGAAUGUGAUAUAAAAAUGGCGACCGCAUCUUUGAUUGUACUGAUGUGCCCGUGGUUUUGUAUUGAUUAAUUAAAGAAAAGAGUUCCUAAGAAGAAAACGUGAAAAGAUGUCACUCUCAAAGUCCAGACUUACUGAGUUUAAUGAUGGCUGGCUUUGUGAUCAACGGUUUCAGCCAUGGCUUCAAAAGGUUGAGAAAGACAAGCAUGUCUUCUUCUGCUCUUUGUGUCGGAGCACUCUCAGUUUAAGUAACAUGGGAAAAAGAGCAGUUACAAGUCAUCUCAAUGGUCAGAAACAUAAGUCUCGUUCUCGGGUAAAUAGUGAAUGUGAUCUGAGAAUUUUCCUAAAAAAAAGUAACACUGAUGCAAGUACUAGUUCUCAGGAGUCUUCAAGAUUUAGUCAAUCUGAGGAAAGUUUGCAAGAGAAUAAAUGUGCAAAAGAUGUUAAUGAAAGUGAAAAUUUGUCAUUCUUAAAUACAAAAGAAAUUGUCUCCCAACAGUCUGUUACGUCUCGUCCAUUGCAGUCAUUCUUAUUGAAAAAUGAAAAUACCAAAGCCGAUAUAUUAUGGUGCCUUCUAGUUGUAAUGAAUCAUUAGUCAGUGAAUUCUGCAGGGAAAGCUGUUCAAGUUUUCAAAGCUAUGUUUAGUGAUAGUUCAAUAGCCAUGAACAUGCGUCUUCAACGCACAAAGAUUUCAUACACCAUAGUUUAUGGUUUAGCUCCAUAUUUUCACAAGGAGUUAUUGCAAGAAAUUUCUCAGUGUGAUUUCUUUGUCAUUUCUUUUGAUGAAUCACUUAAUAAAAUUGCCCAGAAAGAACAGAUGGACAUUGUCAUUCGCUUUUGGAGCAAAUCUAAGGACACUGUAAGUACACAUUAUUUCACUUCAGUUUUUUUGGGUCAUACAACUGCUGCUGACCUUAUACGAUCUUUUAAAGAGGCAGUAUCAGAACUAGACUUACGAAAGCUAAUGCAAUUAUCCAUGGAUGGGCCAAAUGUGAAUAUUAAGUUUUUGGCAGACUUAAUAGCAGACUUGAACAGAGACCCUUCAGAUCAUGUGAUAAUGGAAAUUGGCUCGUGUGGGUUGCAUACUCUUCACAAUGCUUUUAAGGUCGGAAUGAACAGUUGUGAAUGGAAAAUUUUUCAUUUUUUGCAUGCUAUUUACAACUUUUUCAAGGAGUGCAAGAAGGAGUGACUACACAAUGUUUUCUGGAUCAACAAAAUUUCCAGUUAAAUUUUGUAAUGUGAGAUGGCUUCAGAACUUUGAGGUUGCACAGAGGGCCCUUGAAAUUAUUCCCAACUUGAAGAAGUAUGUAGAGGGAGUUAAGGAAAAUAAGAAGGAACCAGUUAUGUCUGGUAGCUAUGCAGCAAUGGUAGGAGGUAUACGUGACAAAUUGAUGCCUGCUAAAUUAGCUUUCUUUUGUUUUCUUGUGAAGGAAAUAGAAGACUUCUUGGAGUGCUUUCAAACUGAUGCCCCUAUGGCACCCUUCUUACACACAGAACUCACUAACAUUCUUAUGUCCUUGAUGAAACAUUUUGUGAAGCCUGAGACAAUAAGUUCCAAGAGUAUAGCAAGCAUUGAUUUGUCAAAAUCUGAAGCUCUGUUACAUGCAAAGAAGGUAGAUGUAGGGUAUGGUACACGUGAUGCUCUAAGACGAAUAGAUCCAGUUAAAGAAAUUGACAUUCUUUCUUUCAAGCAGGACUGCCGCACAAUUCUCCAAACAACGUGCAAGAAAAUUAUAAUCAAGUCUCCUUUAAAAUUCAAGCUUGCGAAGGGUAUUACUUGUUGUGAUCCACAAAUGAUAGUGAAAUCGCCCCAAAUAGCUGAGCAGCGUUUACAGAUGUCAUUAGAAGUGUUUGUAGAAAACAACUGGCUGUCUGGUUUGGAAGCACAGAAAAUCCACUCUAUCUUCAAAGAAGUCUUUCAGAGUCCAGAAAUGUUAGCAGAUUUAAAGAAUUUUCGUCGAAAAGAAUCUAGGUUAGAUGAGUUCUGGACAAACUUUGUAGUGAAGCAUGAUACAUCCAAAGAACUAGUAACAUUUAUCAAAAUGGUAUUGGUAUUUUCGCAUGGUAAUGCAAGUGUAGAACGUGGGUUUUCAGUUAAUAAAGAUUGUCUUGUUGAAAACAUGCAUGAGAGGUCUCUGAUUGCACAAAGACAAGUUUGGGAUGGAGUGCAAGCAUCUGGUGGAGUUGUACAAGAUUUGAAUAUUACAAAGACUAUGAUUCUGUCUGCCCGCAAUGCUCAUAGUAAAUAUCAGGAUGCACAGACUGAACAGAAGAAAAGUAAUGAAGAUAAAGAAAAAGAAAAGGAUGAGAAGAAAAGGGUUGCAGAUAUUAAAAAUGAUCUUGAAAUGCAAAAAAAGAAGAAACUGGAAGAGUUGACCCUUGUUGAUGAACAAAUUCGUGGCCUUGUGAAGAAAUAUUAAAUUGGGAUUUUAAUCAUUGAGAAGUGUGGAAGUUGUGUAAAUACUUGUGCUUAAGUGAACUAAGUUUUAUGUUAAAUGUCUUAAAAAUGUGCAUCAAAAAAUGUAGAUCUAUGUUACUGUGUGGGAAGCAUUAAGUUUUCAACAAACUGUAAAGCAUAAACUUAUGUUUUACUACUGCAAAAAAUUUUCUGAAUGGAUGAAUUAAUGCUGUUGGUGCUCAGACAGGUAAGGAAUUAAUUAUACAACUAUAUGUUAAAUUUGAAGUAUUCAGCUGUUGAAAUUGCCAGCAGAUGUUGUGUUGCAAUUUUUUUAAUGAAUAUUUUUUUUCAAAAACUGAAAGUGUUUUGUAACUGUCUUCCAUAUAGGAUUAUCAGAAAAUAUGAAUACAGUAUGUUAGCUUAAUGAGUUUUCUUACUUAUGAGUAGGUGUAGGGCAAUAAUUUUGUUUAUAGUUGAAUGUAUGUAUUAACAUAACCUCGCUUCAUCUACUAGUAUUCUCUAUUGCUAUUGCAUAGUAACUAAACAAACUUAAUUUACUUAGUCCAAAAGUUCUAACAAUGAAACUAUUGCGAUUUGAAUAACAAAAAAUAUCAUCCUUUUUGUGAUUUUGUAGUAAAAAAAUUGUCAGGGAAAAACAUCUUUUUUGUCUGGAAAUCAGGGAAAUGUCAGGGAAUUUGUAAAUGAAAAAUUAGUGGCAACCCUGUUAUAUUCUUUAAAGGAACAUCCUUUGCCUCAAGAGUGUUACAGAAAGCAAUAAACAAAUUAUCAGCAGAGCAAUCUGUAGCAUCUAGCGUAACCAACUCAAGCAAUUCAGUUUUCACUCGUCCAUUAAGGGGUGAAAAGUACUUUACCAGGAUACACAUACAUUUCUUGUCUGCGAUGUCAGUAGUUUCAUCAAUCAAAACAGAAAAAGGUACAGUUUUAAGUGUCUCGACUGUCUUUUCUGUUUCUACUUGUGCAACAAUGUUUUUUACUACUUGUGUGCAUUUUGUGCGACCUAGUGUAAUAUCGGCAGCUAUUUUCGAAUCACUAAAGACUUCCUUAAUCACUGGAAUUAAAUGCUCAACUACCUGGAAUGCAACAUUAUGUUCAGCGAAAAAAAAAUGCUAGUUUUAUUUCUGCAGUCUUCACUUUGUCAACAUGCACCUUGUUUUCAUCUUUUUUUGCAAAACAGCUCAAAAUGCUUUGGUUACUUCCUAUUUGUUUAACAUUUUUGACAUGCUUACCUGUAACUGCAUGUUUUUCCAAUUCACUUUUGCCACAAGAAACAGCCACAUUACAAGCUCGGCAAAAUGCUUUAUUCUUGUCGCUAUCAACAGGCUGCAACCAACCUCGAAAUUUUUCUUCUUGCAGCCACGAGUUCUGAAAUGUUUUGGCAGAUGUGACACGUUUUUUAACAUGUAUUUCACUAUCGUCUUCAUUGUUACCUGAUGAAAGUUUUUGUUUCUUUGUGUGAAAAACACUCUCGUCACUUACAUCACACAUGCUGUACAAACUACCAAUUAUUUACGUUUUACGACAUGUAGCACGAUUUUAAAACCUACGCAACUUAAUAAUACGAAAAAUGCCACCAACCUUUAUCUAUGAAAAAUGCUCUACCAGUUGGCAGUCUUACAAAUGUCACAGAUAAAAAAAAAACUUUUGCCCAUAGAGCAUAUAAUGGGAAGAACGAAAACUUCAUAGCACGAAGCAGAAAUCGCCUACAAAUGAAACAAGUCAAUAGAAUUGUUUGCUUUGAUUUAUUUGAUAUUUAACUCGCCUUUAAAAUAUUAUUUAUAAGAUAAAAUUUGUCAAGAUAUUGUCUUUACAGUUUUUCCCACAUUUGAGGCAUUUUAGUGCUAAUAUUCCCUUUUUCCCUUUUUCAAAUUUUUGAGCCCAAAAUUCCCACGAAAUGGGAAAAAUCCCACGAGUUGGCAACACUGCUUUGAACCAGCGCUGUACUGGAACGUACGCAACUGCCAAACGUUCACGGUGCUGCUAUCUGUUGGUGGCUCUGAGAAACACAGCUGGCCUUGUCGUUUUAUGGGGCAAAUUAUUUAGAAAUUUCCUUAAGAGGGAAGAGUCCUAAAUUAUUUUGCUUGUAAUAUUUCUCAUUAUUGCACAUAACUUUAAAUAAAUUUAUAAAUCAGUUAUAUAUAUUAUCUAAUUAAAAAUUUCUUAUUUAAUGGUUUUAAAAGGUUAAAGGAAAAUGUUCUGCUAGCUAUAGCAUGUACUGAAUACAUUAAAUCACGUCGUAUACAGUUUUGGAUUAACCGCUUGUAUGUAGCCCUUGUCUUAAAACUGUUUAUCUAUACUAAUAUUAUAAAGCUGAAGAGUUUGUUUGUUUAAACGCGCUAAUCUCAGGAACCACUGGUCCGAUUUGAAAAAUUGUUCAGUGUUGGAUAGAACAUUUAUAUUAUCAAUAACAUUAGAGAUCCUUACUAAAAGUACAAUUUAGAAUCAAAUGCGUUGGAGGGGGUUAGAUACAACAUGCAGUACACGUACGAAGUGUGUGUUGACAAUGCCGCAGGCGCUAGAAGUUUAUUAAGCGAAAUACCACUCACUGACUCAAUCACGAGAUCUCUAAAACUAUACACCCGAUUGGCUUCAAAUUUAGCAUAGUUACUCAUUUUGUGAUGUAGACGUUCACUAAGAACGGAUUCUGCGGAAAUCCGAUCCCAAGGGGAGUUUCGGGGGCGUAAUAUAUCAAAAUUUCCAGUUUUUUUGUAGGAAAUCACCAUAGCAAUGGCUGUUGUAUUGUUGAUGCUUCAUUCGUCUCUAUGGCAACGACUAUUUCAUUGUUAGUGCAGUCCUCAUCACCGUUGAAAUUUUGCGGUAACUUUAAAUAUCUAAAAUUGCCCUUUUUUUCAAGUAUAUAUAUUUUACAGACUUGAAACUUCACAGUAAUGUUCCUUAUUUACGCAGGAUGACAUUUUCCGAAAAUUAGAUCCCAUGGGUGGUUAAAACCAGGCAACAGUGGGUACUUUGUCUGUAUGAGAACAGGAUUUUGUAUUGUUCAUGCCUUCUGCGUCUCCAUGGCAACGGGCAUCGCGCGGCAGUGGCGUACCCACAAGGAGGGGCAUGUAUAAUGAGCGGUGCAAGAGUGAUCUGCCUGUAGACUGCCGUAACGAAGUACGGGUACAUCAGUUGUACGUUGCGUGCACGAGUAGGGAAACCAUCGGUGCUAUUCAUUUUCUCUCCGGUACAUUAUACAGCAUUGUAAUAAAUGAUCACUGAAUUUUUUUUAUUUACCAUUACUGUAAAUGGGAGAUGUGGAUUUUUUUUUCCAUUAGUAUAGCCGUGCGAAGCCGGGUCGGGCAGCUAGUUUUAUAUAUAAUGCAAAAAAAAAUCAAUAAAUAAUUGGUUUUUAUUUAAAACACAGAAACCUGAGAUUUCAGUGUUCUAUAGUUUUUGUUACGAAUAUAAUGUUUGAAAGAAACAAAGUUAAUGUUUAAGUAUUUGUGCAUACAUUUUAUAUUGUACCAUCUAAAAAAUUUAAAUUAUUUUUGUCUUUCAAAUUUCUUAU